GCUUGUUUUCUACUCCGUCGACAUUCAAGAGAAAUCUGCGUGAACAAUUGUCAUUAGUCUUGGGAACUAAAAAGGCAAAUUCUUUUGGGUUAUGGCACUCACUGUUACGAGAUUUGCUUCCACAUUUGGCUCGUCUUCUGCACUCGUUCGUCUCAUGUUGGGCAACUCAUAUCUGCAACAAGACUUCCGAGCGUUGUCUCUGUGGCGUGCCGGCCAUUUUCACGCUUCAUUCUUCUGCUCCGUGGCAUCCGAGGAUGGUGGUGGAACAAAUAAUAACGAGUUUCAGAGAUGGCACAAUGGAGAAGGAACUUUCCACAAGUCAGCUCGAAUUGACCCGACAGCGGUUGUCGAUGUUGGUGCGGUCGUUCAUUCAAAAGCUGUUUUGGGUGCACAUGCUCAUAUUGGAUCAGGAGCUGUUGUUGGACCUUCUGUUACUAUUGGCCAUUCAACAAAGAUAUGGUAUAACGUUACCCUUUCUAAUUGCACUAUAGGUGAUUUGUGUGUGAUCCACAAUGGCGUAUGCAUCGGUCAAGAUGGAUUCGGAUUCUUGGUGGAUGAGCAUGGAACUAUGAUAAAGAAGCCUCAACUGCUAUAUGCUAGGAUAGGGAACAAUGUGGAAAUUGGUGCUAAUACAUGCAUUGACAGAGGCAGUUGGCGAGAUACUAUAAUAGGCAAUCAUUCAAAGAUUGAUAAUUUGGUUCAGAUAGGUCACAACGUAGUUAUUGGAAAGAAUUGCUUGCUCUGUGGUCAAGUUGGGAUUGCAGGUUCUGCAACGAUAGGAGACUACGUAACUAUGGGGGGAAGAGUGGCAGUCCUUGAUCAUGUUUCUAUCGUAUCAAAGGUCCGUCUUGCAGCUACUAGUUGUGUCACAAAGGAUAUUGUAAAACCUGGUGACUAUGGAGGCUUUCCCGCGGUUCCAAUUCAAGAGUGGCGAAGGCAAGUUGCCAUGCAAUCUCGGAUAUCAAAGAAACAGAAUCCUUGAGAAUCAUCGGUAACAAAUUAGACCGAUUAUGAUAAAUAUUAAAAGCCUUUCAAUGUCAAAUGUGCUCGUCGGGCACUUGAAUCUGCUGAGCAAAAAGAGGAUAACUGGCAUUUUAAAUUGUGAUUGUGCCGAAUUUUUCACCGUCUUUGCAUUUUCUCCGAGACCCUAUGUACGUAAUUCUAAAUUAUAUACCUUGUAAACAGUCUUAGUUGCUUUUUCUUUCAGUGGUAUGUUAGAAAGUUUGCUAGGUAAGUUCCAGAUCUUUCAAAUGUGCGAAUAAAGCACUAGGAGCUUUUACAUGUGUGUAUUUUCUGUCUUGUUAACUUUUCUUCCUUGCUUCAUUUGCACGUAAAAGGCCAAGGCAAGUUUCUUUUGUACCAUGUUGUU